ACAAUUUUCGCAGCAACCAAACAAACGAUAAAGGCCAGUUUGCAGGCAUGAGAGCGGACAGCACGAUGAUUCAGUGAUUCACAGCGCAAAAGUCCCGUGAUUCAGAUCAUCCUUUCUUAUCUCUGAGAACAUAACCAAACAAGUUUCAUCUCCCACACCAAGAAAUAGCAGUCUGUGUUUUGCCUACCAGAAAGUGUCAGUCAUGAGUAACGAGGUUGACAAAGGUGAAGAUGGAGAGGAAGAUGAUGCUGAUAGCAAAUCCAAGAAGGUUUUGAUGUCAGAUCAGUGAUCUACCAAAAUUGAAACUUGGCUAUCAUUUCUUGAUGACCUUGCAAGCCAUGGACUUGGCCGAUCCAUUACCAGAUUUCCUGCUUAUGGGGCUGAUCAUGUUUUUUAAAAUUGUGAUCAAUUAAUAAGCCACAUUCAGACAUGGAAUUCUGGGUUGCAACUGGCAAGGGGGGUUGAUGGUAGAGAAGAGGCCCCUGACUUUGGAGGGUAUGAAGAUGAUGAAGACCAUGGACAAUGGUUCUUCUACACAAGAAGUGGGGGCUGAAACUUGGAAAGGAACAAAAAGACUAGCAAGAAGCAGUCCUUUCAUCAGAAGUUUCCGUGUAUGGACGAGGCUCUCUGAGUUAGUUGCAUCAAAGGCUAUCCCAUUCGAGUUGUCAGGACAAAGGCAAUCAUGAGUGAUGAAGUAUGUGACGGUGAGGACCUGAAGAUGAUGAAGAUGGUGUGAAUAUGAUAAGCUUUUAAACCCAGAUAAAUUAGUUAAUAGUUACUUCAGUGGCCUCAAUCUCUAGGAAUCAGGUUUGUGCUCUGGAGUGUCAUUUGAUACCACCCACAGCCUGUUUCCAAACCAGCCAAGCAUCACAACCAAGUCUGCCAAGUGAAAUGGUUUUGAUUCUCUUCUCGCCCUCCAUGGCUAUCCUGGUUGCACCUUCAGAUUCAAGAUAGUUCUUUUGCUACCACAGGUAAAUGUUGAUCAUAUUUCCUGCAUCCUGGUUUGUAUCAGACCCACUCUGCAGUCUCCAGUCAUUUUUGUUCCGUGUCCUGAGUAGAUGGUCAGUGUUUACCCAGGUUUCAGAAC